AUGGAGGUUGAGGCUGACCUGCGUCCAAUUCUCGGUCCAGCGCUAGUUCGCCUGGACCCUAUGCGAAUCAAGCAGUUACAAUCACCAGUAGUCUACAAAGCGAUAGACGAUUUGGCAAAACUCUCUGCACAAUGUAUGCAAGUUCGAGCUCCUUUGACAUCAUGCGAGAAACUGGGAGAAGAAUGUCAGCCGUCUUCUUGGCUAUGCAAAAGUUGGAAGGAAAAAGCUGUUUCUCUACGAUUCCGAGAUGCAAACGUACGAAGGGGAGGAGCUGGGGGAAGUGUGGAACUUGCAGGAGUUGUAGAAGAUGCUGCGGGAAAUGAGGGGGUUGUAGCUGUGGGAGCCGCGGGAACUGUGGAUCGACCCGUGGGAACUGUGGGAAGUGUGACUGUGGGGUCUGUAGGAACUGUAGGAAGUGUGACUGUGGGAUCUGUUGGAACUGUGGGAAGCGUGACUGUAGGGCCUGAAAUGGGGGUAGACCCUCUUGGACCCGUAAGUUCUGUAUCAUAUGAUCCCGAUCCACCGGCUCCUCCAUUUCCGCCUCCUGACCCCGCUCCCGAUCCAGGCCCAGAUCCUGAUCCUGAUCCUGAUCCAGCUGCGGGUGUUGCUGGGGUUGUAGCUGUGGGAGCCGCGGGGACUGUGGAUCGA